AUGGAUAGGCUUUGGUUUCACCAAGUCUUUUUCUGCAAACCAACAGCCUCAGUUCUUUCCUUACCAUCUCCACCGGAUGAAGAAAAGCCUUUUCCCACAUCAGAAUCUGUUUCUUGCUCAUCAUCCAUUCUUUCUUCACCACCUCCGGCAGAUGAAGAAAAUUCAACGGAUGAAUCACCUUCAUCAGAGAAACAACUCUCAUCAGAAUCAAUCUUUGUCCCUCUUCAGGAUGAAGAAGAAGAAAUGAAGGAGAGAUUGGCUAGAAUGAAACUUUUGGGUAACAGAACUCGUUCACAUUUAUCCUCACCAUCAACUCAAAACCAUCACAGAAAAUUGAUUAAACCAGCUACUUGUGCAAGGAAACUAAAGAAGUCCAUGAGCUGCAGAACACUUGGGGAACUAGAACUUGAUGAAGUAAAGGGUUUCAUGGAUCUUGGUUUCACAUUCAAGAAAGAAUAUCUUAGUCCAAGAAUGAUGAGCGUUGUCCCUGGCUUGCAAAGACUUGGUGUAACAGAUGCCAAAGAAACGGUUGAAGGAAAUCACAUUGAAGAAGAUGAAGAAAAGAGAGAUAUCAUGAGACCAUAUUUAUCCGAGGCAUGGCUUAUAAAGAGACCCGAUUCACCGCUACUAAACUUAAAAAUCCCGAAACGUUGUUCAUCUUCCAACAUGAAGAAACAUCUUCGGUUCUGGGCCAAAACCGUGGCCUCAGAAAUCCACCAAGAAUGA